CUCUUUAUUGCACAUGCCCGAAACAUAAGCUCAGAUUUUCCGCUGCUACCUCCCUCUGUAAAACCCUCAAUUAGGGCUUUUCCCGCUCUAUUACACACUCGUUUCCCUCCUUUCAAGUUUCAACGCGGAGGAGCUCCAAUCUUCACUCUCAUUUGCAGAUUCGUAAAUCUCAAUCUUCAUUUUCUUGCACUGUAUAUCUACCAGUUUUAUCAAUUCAUUUGUGUUUGAGGCGCAAUGGUAUCGUCGAAGCAACUCUUAUCGAUAAUCGAAUCAGCCCUCCUCGGCCCCACACCGCCCACGCCAUCCCAGAGAAUCGAACUCAUUCACGCCAUUCGCCACUCUCUGCCUGCCUUCAAGUCCCUCUUCUCCUUCCCGCCUCCAAAACAGUCGGAUAGAGCUCAAGUCCAAUUAAAAGAAGUGAGACUGCCAGAUACGGGGCCAAUUUCACUUGAUGAUCAGGAUGUUUGGAUAGCUUUGAAGUUGAGUGAUGACCUCCAUCUCAAUGAAAUAGACUGCGUGCAAUUGCUUGUUUCUGCCAAUCAAGAGUGGGGUUUGCUUGGUCGAGAGCCCUUAGAUAUUUUACGUCUUGCUGCUGGACUUUGGUAUACAGAGAGAAGAAGCCUAAUAACAGCACUUUACACACUAUUGAGGGCUGUUGUUCUUGACCAGGGAUUUGAAGCUGAUCUUGUAGCUGAUAUACAGAAAUAUUUGGAAGAUCUUAUAAGUGCUGGACUUAGACACCGCUUGAUUUCACUCAUGAAGGAACUCAAUAGAGAAGAGCCAACUGGUAUUGGUGGGCCUAAUUCUGAGCAUUACAUUCUCGACUCAAGGGGUUCUCUAGUAGAAAGGCGAGCUGUAAUUUGUAGGGAAAGGCUCAUCCUUGGUCAUUGCCUUGUUCUUUCUGCUUUGAUUGAACACGCAGAUUCUAAAGACAUAAAAGACAUGUUUUUUGCUUUAAAAGAUGGUGCUGUUGAAUAUAGUGGGAGCACAGAUUCCUUAGAGCAUCAGAUUACAUAUAGCCUUCUUUUCUCUCUUGUGAUCGCUCUCGUAUCAGAUGCAUUGAGCACGGGACCUGACAAAGUUCCUGUCCUGUCUUCUGACAUUUCUUUUAGGCGUGAAUUUCAGGAGAUUGUGAUGACUUCUGCAAAUGAUCCUACUGUUGAAGGCUUUGUUGAUUGUGUAAGGUUUGCGUGGGUUGUACAUUUGAUGUUGAUACAAGAUGGAAGAGAGCUAAAGGAGAGCGUAGCUAGUGCUUUGUCUAAUGAGAUGAAAUAUACUUACUCAUGCUUGGAAGCCAUUUUUGCCAAUAAUGUUUUCCAGUUUUACUUGGAUAAGAUUCUUCGAACAGCAGCUUACCAGAACGAUGAUGAAGAUAUGAUCUACAUGUACAAUGCCUAUCUUCACAAGCAAAUCACGUGCUUUCUUUCUCAUCCACUUGCCAGAGACAAGGUUAAAGAAGCAAAGGAGAAGGCUAUGACAAUGCUUAAUCAAUACCGCACUACUGCCAGUCAUAGUCAGACGACGGAUGGUAGUGGACCUCCUCAGCAAUCUACAGAAAGUGCACCGCUACCAUUUGUCUCUCUUUUGGAGUUUGUGAGUGAAAUUUAUCAGAAGGAACCUGAGCUGCUGUCUGGCAAUGAUGUUCUAUGGACCUUUGUGAAGUUUGCUGGAGAAGAUCAUACAAAUGUUCAAACACUUGUGGCAUUCUUGAAAAUGCUAAGUACCUUGGUAACCCUUCCCACGAUGUUAAUGCUGACUCCAAUCUCUGUGUGUGCAAAUAUAUAUAAUUUUGGAGAAUUAUUCAAAAGUAAAAUUAUUGUUAUCUUCCUUUCCAAAACUGUAUAUCAACAUCAAUGUACGCGUGACUGGUUUGUACGUGUUUCUUUCUUUGUGAUACAGGUUGUGGAAAAUGGGAAUCCCAUUGAAAGGAAGAACUGGUUUCCUGAUAUCAAGCCACUGUUCAAGCUCCUCAGUUAUGAAAACGUGCCUCCUUAUCUCAAGGGUGCUUUGCGAAAUGCCAUAGCUACUUUUGUGCACGUGUCUCCACUUAUGAAAGAUGCAAUUUGGAGUUACUUAGAGCAGUACGAUCUACCAGUAGUUAUUGGGCCUAAUAUUGGGAACAGUGGACAAGCAGUGGGCACACAGGUUUAUGACAUGCAAUUUGAGUUAAAUGAAAUUGAAGCAAGAAGAGAGCAAUACCCUUCAACUAUAUCAUUUAUCAAUCUGUUAAAUGUUCUUAUUGCUGAGGAAAGGAACAUUAGCGACAGAGGACAUAGAUUUAUUGGCAUCUUCAGAUUUAUAUAUGACCAUGUAUUCAGCCCAUUUCCACAGAGAGCCUAUGCUGACCCCUGUGAUAAAUGGCAACUAGUUGUGGCUUGUCUUAAGCAUUUCCAAAUGAUGCUGAGCAUGUAUGACGUUAGAGAAGAGGAUGUCGACAUUGUUGUUAAUCAAUCUCAGCUGUCGGGGAAGGGACAAUCUUCUCUGCAGAUGCAUCUUCCUGCCAUAGAAUUAAUGAAGGACUUUAUGAGCGGUAGAACCGCUUUUCGGAAUAUAAUGUCAAUUCUCCUACCGGGAGUCAAUUUUUUAAUCACUGAGCGUGCCAGUCAAAUUUAUGGGCAACUUCUUGAGAAGGCUGUUCUCCUAUCUUUGGAAAUUAUAAUUCUUGUGAUGGAGAAAGAUUUGAUUGUUUCUGACUUCUUGCGCCCUCUGUAUCAGCCUUUGGAAGUCAUACUCUCCCAAGAUCAUAAUCAAAUUGUAGCUUUAUUGGAAUAUGUCAGAUAUGAUUUUCUACCUCAAGUUCAGCGAUGUUCGAUCAAAAUUUUGAGUAUUCUAAGUUCUCGCAUGGUUGGGCUCUCACAGUUGCUAUUGAAGUCUAAUGCUGCUGGGGCUUUGAUUGAGGAUUUUGCUGCCUGCUUAGAGCUAAGAUCCGAAGAGAGUCAGAUUAUUGAGGAGAGCAGCGAAGAUCCUGGUGUUUUAAUAAUGCAACUGCUCAUUGAUAACAUCAGCAGGCCAGCCCCUAAUAUCACGCACCUAUUGCUCAGAUUUGAUGUUGAUAGCCCUGUAGAGCGUACGGUCCUUCAGCCAAAAUUUCAUUACAGUUGUUUGAAAGUCAUUCUUGACGUGGUGGAUAAGCUUUCGAAGCCUGAGGUCAAUGCACUGCUUCAUGAAUUUGGUUUUCAGCUCCUUUAUGAAUUAUGUGUGGAUCCACUGACUUCUAGUCCUACUAUGGAUUUGUUGGCUACCAAGAAGUACCAGUUCUUCGUGAAGCAUCUGAGUUCAAUUGGUGUUGCUCCACUGCCUAAACGAAAUAGCAGUCAAGCACUUCGUAUCUGCUCUCUCCAUCAGAGAGCAUGGUUGUUGAAACUGUUAGCAGUAGAGCUACAUAGUGCAGAUGUGACAAGUGCUCUUCAUCGAGAAACAUGUCAAAGUAUUCUUGCUCAACUAUUUGGGCAGAGCAUUGCUGAAUACAGAAAUGACGGUGAUUCUUUCUAUGUUCCUCAAAACAACAGUGAAGUUGCCAGAAUUGGUUCAAUUGGCAAGAUUAAGGUGCUAGAAUUGCUUGAAGUUGUCCAGUUUAAAUGUCCUGAUAGCACACUGAAGUCUUCUCAGUUUGUAUCUAAUUUAAAAUAUUCCUCUCUGGCUGAAGAUAUACUUACCAACCCAGCAACCUCGGGAAAGGGUGGUGUCUAUUAUUUCUCAGAGCGUGGUGACCGUUUGAUUGACCUAGCUUCUUUCAGGGAUAAACUUUGCCAGAAAUGCAAUUUAUUUAAUCCCCAGAUGAGCUCCUUUACCAGUGAGGCUGAAUUGAAUGAAGUACGAGAAGUUAUCCAGCAACUGUUGAGAUGGGGAUGGAAAUACAACAAAAACCUAGAAGAACAAGCUGCUCAGCUUCAUAUGUUAACCAGCUGGUCUCAGAUUGUUGAGGUUUCUGUGUCCCAGAAAAUUUCAUUCCUUGAUACUAGAUCUGAAAUAUUAUUUCAGUUGCUAGAUGCUUCCUUGAAUGCUUCUGGUUCUCCAGACUGUUCCCUGAAGAUGGCCCUGAUAUUGACACAGGUUGGUCUUACAUGCAUGGCCAAACUACGUGUCGAACGCUUUUCAUUUGGAGGCUGCUUUAACUCGGAGACAGUAACGUGUCUUGACAUAAUUUCGACAAAUCAAUUAUCCAAUGGCGCAUGCCACUCUAUAUUUUUCAAGCUUAUCAUGGCAAUUCUCAGACUUCAAUCAUCCGAAGCAUUGCGAAGGCGCCAAUAUGCCUUGAUGCUUAACUAUUUCCAUUACUGUCGGCAUACACUUGAUCCAGAUGUUCCUCCAACACUUUUGCAGUUCUUGUCAAUUGAUGAGCAAGACAAUGGAGAUCUGGAUCUCGAAAAGAUUGACAAAGAUCAGGCUGAAUUGGCACAUAUGAACUUUGCUAUUCUAAAGAAGGAAGCUCAACAAAUUCUGAACUUGGUGGGUGUCUUUUUGAAAUUUUCUUUCUACUUUGGUCCAUCCUCUUCGAUUAUUUACUCGAGGAUCUGGAGGUCAUGGAGUAUAAUGGUUCAUCAACUUAUAAAUGUGUUAACCCUGAGGGGUACCUUAGUGGUCAGCUCUUGGGAUUGUUCCUCAAUGGUCACCAGUUCGAGUCCCCUCAGGACCACUGAGUUUGUGUUUUCAUCCACUGUUGAUAUGCACCGGACUACUAUAAGGAUGGGUUUUUUCCGGGAUGGAGGCUCCUCCCUCAAAAUCAAACCAGCCCAGCCACCACUGACACCAACCAGCCUAGGUGUCAACAGUGGACCCAUGACUGGAAAUCCCACUAACCUCACGCCACAAAACCUUAGCAGGCGGCGGCUAACCCUUGCAACCAUACCACUGCCUCUCCUAUCUAUAACGCGCCAGCAUAUGGAGACAUGGUUGCCCAAGGUGCCACCAUCCAUGUCUAACGAUCAGAGUAGUUCAGUUCGAGCGAGAGAGAAGACAACCAAGCAUCCACUGUCCGCCUAUUCUCCAACGACUAUCCGGCCACACGUGCCUGUUCGGUUGUCCGUGCAGGCCUUUCUGACAAUGGGGAGCGAAGAUUUCAAACGCAAUUUGCAUGGGGAGAUUUGGAGCUGUUUGGAUGGUGAAUUUGGUGGAGAAGGUAGGUAUAUGAUGAUAGCACAAUAUGGGGAGAGACGUCGGAAAGGAGUGGUGAUGGUGUCGGAAGAGGAGAAUGGAGAUGGCUGGGCCUCGAUUUCGCUUGUGUUCCCGACAUUUAUCGAUUCUUUUGUUACCGGAGACAAGGUGUUGAAAGCGGAAUUGUAUGAAUUAAUCAAGUUAAUGGAUAACGGGACCGUGGUGGGCUCUAGGAAAACCUAUUGUCAUAAGUGUGGGUUGGGCGUGGAUGAGUAUCUUGCCAAUGAAGAAAAGGUAGCAAACUUGGAUUCUAAGGUGUUGACAUCGAACUGGAGCCACACUAAAGAGUUACUGGCUGAGCCUAGUGGCGAAUCCCAAAUGCGGACUAGAGCGGUGGUGGUGGAACCUUGGGCUAAGGAAGGGGAACUCAGUAAGUUGAAUCUGGAGAAAGAGAUACUGGAUACAACAAAAGACAGUUGUUACAUGAUUGUUGGCAUGGUGAACACAAGGUUCUUGAGAAGUUUUAAUGCUACAUUUAUUGUGUUGAUUCCAAAGAAAUUGGGAGCGUUGGAUGUUAAGGAGACUCGUCCUAUCAGUUUGGUACAUAGGAUACAGAAGAAUAUUGCAAAGGUGUUGGUAAAUAUAUUGAAAGAGGUGUUGGGGAGAGUGGUGUCUAAAUUUCAGAAUGCUUUUGUCAAAGUGCACCAAAUAUUAGAUUCAGUACUUGUAGCAAAUGAAUGCAUUGACUCAAGACUACGCAUAGGGGUUUCUCGGAUUUUAUGCGAUGUAGCUUCAGGGAUAAGUGGUGCCGGUGGAUUCAGUUCUGUAACUUUACGCUUUGAGGCAAGGGGAUCUUUUGUCUCCAUUGCUAUGGAGGCUUUCAAUAGGAUGCUUGAAAAGGCUGUGGGGGAGAAUGUUGAGCAAUUCAGGAACUUGCAUUAUCUGCUUCUAUGUUUUGAAGUCGUAUCUGGAUUGAAGAUAAAUUUGGGAAAAUUUGAGGCUAUCACAGUGGGAGAUGUCGAUAACGUGCUUAGGAGGAGAGCUGAGAUUAGUAGGGACGAAGCGAAAGUAAAGAAGAAAGCUACAGGCUGUGACUCCGGUCUUGUUCUCCCAGGCUCUGAGCCUGUACCUUGGAAGCCCUAUCAAAAAAGGAGCUUGGCGGCUAUAUUGGAUUGUAAGGUGAAUAAUAAAGUUGUACGCGAGGUCAUAGAAUUUAUUAAAGGUCAUCAGGUUCUUUUUGACCAAAUUCUCCGAGUAGAUAUUUCUGAUGCCAAUGAAUUGACAUUGGAACAAAUAAAUCUCGUUGUUGGCAUACUUGGCAAGGUUUGGCCGUAUGAAGAGAGUGAUGAAUAUGGUUUCGUUCAAGGGCUUUUUGGGAUGAUGCGUGCUCUUUUCUCCCGUGACCCUGAUGUUUUCACUUCAAUGCAAUCUGUCCGAUCAGAGAUUCAGAGGAAAGUUGAAGCAAACACAUCCCGCCUCUGCUUUAACUUGAGUUCUUAUCUUUAUUUCCUUGUUACAAAAAAGUCAUUAAGACUACAGGUAUCAGAUGGUCCUAUCGACUAUAGUGCUUCGGCUGGACAGCAGCAGCCGACUCUGACUUCGCUCAGUCACUUUCUUAGGACACUGGCAACUGCACUCGAAAGAGCUGCUGAGGAAAAAUACAUACUACUUAACAAGAUUAAAGACAUCAAUGAGCUAUCAAGACAAGAAGUUGAUGAAAUCAUCAACAUGUAUAUCACUCGAGAAUAUGUUUCAUCAUCAGAGAAUACACAGAAAAGGAGAUAUAUUGCAAUGGUGGAAAUGUGCCAGAUUGUUGGACACAGAAAUCAGUUUAUUACACUGUUGCUUCUAAUUACACAAAAUGUGAUGAACAUUAUUCUCACACAUUUCCAAGACAGCUCUUAUGCACGUGAGCACUAUCAUUCUUUGAAAGCAAUUGGAUAUGGUGAUGUGCAUAAAGAGGACUUGCAUUCGCUUUGCGAAGAACUGACUCCAGUUCUUGAAAGACUUGAGUUGCUGAGCGAGGAUAAAAUGGGACAGGACCUUAAAGUGUUCUGCAGAUUAGCACAUUCUCUCAAGGAAAUGUCAUUUCAGAUUUUAGCUACUUGAAGAGCCAGAAAAAUCCCCUUUGGCUAAUCUUUCUGUUUUGUACAUUAAGCCCCUGUUUAUUUAUACUUUUAAUCUCUCAAUUAUGCUACUUUUGUCAAUUUCUCUAACUUUUCGUUUUUUCUGUAACAUAGAAGAGACAUGGGCGGAUGUUGUUUCUCUAGAUUUAUUCCUUUAAUGGGGAAUAACAUGUAAGAUAAAUUAUUAAAAUCAAAUAAUAUGGAAGAAAUGCAAUUUUAUA